AUGGUAGAAGUAGAAGGAUUUUGAUAUGAAGCUGGAUGUCAAUAUGGCAUUGAACUCCAAGAUGAUUCAGGAAAUAGGCUUUCGAAUGCUUUUCAGAUGUCUGAUUCACAAAUCACAAUUUCCCCUUCUUAUAGCAGGAACGAUUACCACUUAAUGGUCCAGAAUUUUACAAUAAUUUAUUUUGGAGAGUUUGCUAACAAUAGCACCAGAUUAGAGAAUUCUGUGAAAAGUAAAUAUCUUCGUCAUAGCAGUGAUAAUACACCAAAUGUAGAGGAAUCUAAACUUACUUUUGGCAGCUUAAACCUUCCUACUAUUGAUGAAGUCAAGUUAGUGAUGAAUUUCGAAAAGAUGAUUAUUAGCACGGCUAAGUUUUACAGACACACUAAAAGCGGACCUGAUGUUUGGAAUGGUUUAGGGUCAUUAUACAAAGAAAAUGAUGAUAACAAAUUUAAUUUUAUGCAAGAAUAUGCAACAUAUCCUGCUCCAGUAGGAGACCAACCAGAUGUGUGAGAGCGAGUUAUGUCUCCAAAUAAUAUAUGCCUCAAACAAGAUGCUAACUCUAAUUCCUACUGCCAGCAAGGAUUCUCCCAAGUUUACAAUUUCUGUUCUGACACUUGAGGUGAUGGAAUCAUUCAAACACCCCAAACAUUAGAAUGAGACGAUGGAAACCUCAUCAAUGGUGACGGCUGAAAUAGCAACUGUAAAAUUGAAGCUGGGUAUGUCUGCUCACUCGACUCCCAGAGUAAGUCCACUUGAAUCAGGUCUUGAGGCGAUGGAGUCAAGCAAUCACUCGAACAGUGAGACGAUGGCAAUGGCCAAGAUGGCGAUGGCUGAAAUUCACGCUGAUUCAUUGAGAAUGGCUACAAGUGAGACUUCACCAACCCUAAAACUUAUUGAUAUCCAAGCUGAGGAGACCAAGUGCUUGACACUGGAGAACUGUGAGAUGAUGGAAACCUAUACAAUGGUGAUGGUUGAAGCAAAGCCUGUACUCCAGAAACAGGCUUUAAUUGUAAUAACACUGAAAUGCCGAGCAAGUGAACUCCAUUGUGAGGCAAUGGGAUCAAAGACGCUGGGGAGACUUGAGAUGAUAAGAACUCAAUGGACUUUGAUGGGUGUGAUAAGAACUGACAAAUCGAAAACUCAUAUAACUGUGAGUAUAAUGCUACUUUAGGUAGAGAUUUAUGAAUAUCCACAUCUUUUCCACCUGUAAUCACAAGUAACCAACUUGAUUAUCUUACAUCUGAAAUUAAGUUUACCUUUAAUGACACAAUGAUGAAGUACAACUUUACAGGCAGUGAAGUAUCACUUGCUUUUGUAGGACCUGCCUUUUCAUACAAGACCUCAUCAAAGUUAUCUUACACUUCUGAUAAUAUCCUUUCGCUUAAAUAUUCAGUAUCUCCUUCGAUAAUAGGAGGAUCCAAUGAAGAGUUGCUUGUCACUUUUGCAGAAGUGCAGGCUUUUGUGGGCACAAGUUCAAUUCCAAUAUCUAACCAGUUCGAAUUCAAAUACAAGUUUGAAGUUCUACCAUCAUCAGAGACAGCUAAAGGAGCUUCAUCAAUGGCUUUAUUUACAUUAAUACUUUCUUUUACUCUUUCAGUAGGUCUCAGUGUUAUUACUGGAGACUCAAUGGAGCAAAUGUGGAUCUUCACUAAUACAAUACAAAUAUUAUCCUUUGCUAAUCUUCUUCAAAUAAAUUUUCCUUCAAAUCUGAGAGCAGCUCUUAAGUUUAUGAAAUAUUCUAAUCUUGAGGAUCCUUUGACAACUAUGCUAUCUGAAUGGGUAUUUGCAAUGUUAAACUACAAGUCUGAUCGAGAUUAUACAGAAUUUUCAGGAUUUGGAUUAAACAGCUCAAAAAUAUUAUUCAAUUCUUUUGAUAAAAUCUUAAUGAUUCUUGCAAUAAUUUUAGGAGCAAUUCUCCUUUAUUUCCUCUCUAAAAUAGCUGAGAGUAAAGAUAACUGUUUUUGGAAAUUAAUCAUAAAACUUGAGAAAUCUUAUAGAUAUGAGUCAUGCACUCGCUUCAUUGUUGAAAUAUCAAUGGUACUGUCGACAUCUAUUUUUAUCAAUAUGCUAUUUGGAGGAUUCAAUGGAUGGCUAGAAAUUACUUCUUAUAUAACCUCAAUAAUGCUCUUCAUCAUGCUUUGAAGUGUAUGACUAUAUUCCUUUUUAUUCCCUCUUCGCUAUUUUGAAGAUAUACAGACAUAUCCAGACAAGUUUGAAAGACACUGAAUGCUAUUCUUGGAAUUCAAGCGAACCAAUCCAAACCAUUUACUGUAUUACUACACUUUUCUGAUGAGACGCAUGCUCCUAGCUGCUACAAUUACAACUCUCCACCAAAAAGUAAUUUGCCAACUUGCCUGUGUGCUUAUACUACUAUAUUGGAACCUAAGAUAUCAACUGAAGUAUCAGCCUUUCUCCAAAACUUCAAAUAACUUGCUUAGUGUUGUGAAUGAAAUCUUCCUGAUAUUCUUCACAGUUGCUCUAGUAGUCAUGAAAUACAGAGAGAACUCUAACAUCACUCUUGUAGGAUAUGUUACAAUUGGACUACUCAUUGUGUUCUUCUGACUGAAUUUAACAGUUAUAAUUACCCUAAAGCUUUUAGAGAUGUUUAAUAUGUGCAAGAAGAAAACCAAGAGAGUAAAUAGGAAUAGAGCCAUGGACACCAUGCAUUGCGAAGGAAAUAGGAAUACAAACAAGGGUUCUUCAAAAGUUAUAAAAAGUCCACAAGGAAAGUUUGUAGGUGUAUUAGAAUCAAAAAUAUCAAAGCAUCCUUAA